AUGGAGGGGGACGUGGUGGCUCAGUUCACUGAGAUUACUGGCUCGACUCCAGAACUGGCAGCUCAGUAUCUGGAGCUGGCAGAUUUCAACAUCGAGCAGGCCAUGCAGCUCUAUUUCGAAAAUGGAGGAGCAGAGCUAACUGAACAGCCAUCACAUCCGCCCCCUACCUCCUCAAGGCCCCAGCGUGCUUCUCGCACCACGGCUUAUGAAGAUGAGGCGGGGGUAGUUCAUUUGGACUCAGAUGACGAAGAUGUCACCGUGGAUGAGGCACGAUCUUCCGCACCAGCUCGACAUCCUCCGGGCUCGACUUACGAAGAUGAUGCUGCCAUGGCCCGACGUUUACAAGAGGAGCUCUAUGCUGGUGCAGAUAGCUCCGAUGGUGUGCGGGCUCCUCUGGCACGAACCACAGAGACGCUUGUAGGGCCUGGAGCAGAUGGUUACGACGAGGAUAUGCAGAGUGCAAUUCUGAACCAGCUCCGUGCUAGACAAACAAGAAGCAAUCGACCUGGAAUAUUUAACCAGAGAGACACGACCGAUAUCUGGAACGACAGCUCAGAAGCGUCCCACCGACAGAGUCUCGCUAUUGCGACAGGAGGUGCCUCGGAAGCUUCAUCGAAGUCAAGCAUGCUCGCUGAGAUGUACCGCCCCCCAUUUGAACUGAUGUCUAGGUUGCCAUGGGAUCUCGCACGCGAGGAGGGUCGAAAGAACGAAAAGUGGAUUCUCGUGAAUAUUCAAGACCCUUCCAUUUUCGACUGCCAGGUAUUAAACCGGGAUCUCUGGAAGGACCCCGGAGUGAAGGAUACCGUGAAGGAGAAUUUCAUUUUCCUGCAGUAUACCAAGGAUGAUCCUCGUGGUGUUCCAUACUUGCAGUAUUAUUUCCAAGCACAUGAUGUCUCGGACAACUACCCGCACAUCGCCAUCAUUGAUCCUCGUACCGGUGAGCAAGUGAAAGUCUGGUCCGGCCCGCCUGUACCCAAGCCAGCCGAAUUUCUCAUGCAGCUCCAUGAAUUCCUCGAUCGAUACAGUUUGAAGCACAAUGUGCGCAACCCAGUGGCGAAGCGGAAACCAGAAAUCUCGAGGGAGAAGAAAUUGGAGACUAUGACUGAAGAAGAGAUGGUGGAGAUGGCAAUGAGAAACAGCCUUGGUGGUGCACCGCCCCCGGAGAAAAUAGAAGAUCCCGACGAGUUGACGCGCAGUAUCGACGAUAUCAAGGGCAAAGGCAAAGCCAAGGAAGCCGAAGAUGUCGCCAUGGAAGAAGAGGAUACCAAUGGGUUGGAGGAGGAGGAGGAGGAAGACACUGGAGCCUCCAUCUUCCGUUCCAUUCCCUCCGACCGACCUCACACGGAGCCGCCGGCUGACCCAUCCACCACUACCCGCAUCCAGUUCCGACAUCCCUCGGGCAGGGUCAUCCGCCGAUUCGCCUUGGCAGAUCCGGUUCGACGUAUCUACGAAUGGUUAAAGUCCGACCCACCAUUGAAGGAAAAGAAGGGCGUGGAGUUUGAGCUCAAUGCGAUGGGCAAGAACCUUAUCGACGAGCUGGACACCAGCAUCCAGGAUGCGGGUCUGAAGAACGGAACAGUCAUGAUUGGAUAUCUCGAUUAA